GCGGCGGCGGCGACAUGGAGAGCGGGGCCUACGGCGCGGCCAAGGCGGGCGGCUCCUUCGACCUGGGGCGCUUCCUGGCGCAGCCGCAGGUGCUGGCGCGCGCCGUGUGCCUGGUCUUCGCCUUGAUCGUGUUUUCCUGCAUUUUUGGCGAGGGCUACAGCAACACCUCUCACUCGGAGCAGCUCUACUGCAUUUUCAACCACAACGAGGAUGCGUGUCGCUACGGCUGCGCCAUCGGCGUGCUGGCCUUCCUGGCCUCCGCCUUCUUCUUCGUCAUCGACGCCUACUUCCCCCAGAUCAGCAACGCCACGGACCGCAAGUACCUGGUCGUGGGCGACCUGCUUUUCUCAGCUCUCUGGACCUUCCUGUGGUUUGUCGGCUUCUGCUUCCUCACCAACCAGUGGGCGGCCACCAGCCCGGACGACGUGCUCGUGGGGGCCGACUCGGCGCGGGCGGCCAUCGCCUUCAGCUUCUUCUCCAUCUUCUCGUGGGGCGUGCUGGCCUCACUGGCUUACCAGCGUUAUAAGGCAGGAGUGGAUGAUUUCAUCCAGAACUACGUGGACCCCAGCCCGGACGCGAGCUCCACCUAUGCGUCCUACCCGGGCGCGUCCGUGGACACCUACCAGCAGCCGCCCUUCACCCAGAACGCCCAGAGCAGCGAGGGCUACCAGCCGCCCCCCGUUUACUGAGCAGCAUCCAGGGGCACCCCAACUCCCUGCUGCCUCCUGGAGAGCCUCUGCCCUUUGGAACCCUGGCUGAGGCUGGCGGAUCCCACCCAAGUGCCUGCGCCCGAGGAGGCUUGGCAGCCCCCAGGCACUCCCCACGGCAUUUUGUCUUAGGAGAAGGUCUCUAGUUGCCUGUGUUUUCUUGUUUCCAGGGACCUCCUCGCUCCCCGCCCAGCACGCUGCCCCGCCUGGGCAGCCCCAGACAGGAAGACCACUGCUGUGCCCAGGCCACACCUCUGCACAUAGAAUUCUCUGCCAAAGACAAAGUGCAGGCGGCAGUGGUGUCUCCGUGGCUGGUGCUGGGCCCUGGCCUGCUCACUCAGGUUCCGUACCCUGGCCCACACUGGGCCUGUGCUCAAUGCUGCACCCUUGGGUCACUGCCUGUGCCACCCAUCGCUGGCUGCCUCCUGACAGCCAUGGGGCUGGGAAACAGGGCUGGAGCCCAUCGCUGGCUGCUCAGAGAGCGCUUCCCCUUGCCUGAUAACACCCAGCUUUAUGUAAAUAUCCCCCCACUGCCCUGAGGGAGCUGGGCAGGGUGGACCCAGCCAGGGUUGCCCCCUUGCUCUCCAGUUCUGUUAGACUGAAUUGCAGAUGAAUUAAAAGGUUUUCUCA